GCCCAUGGUGGAGGCAGAGGGCGCGGGAGAGGGCAUCGUUAGCAGGAGCAAGUCGACGGCAAGCACCAACAUGCAUCGAGUCAUCAUGGUUGCUGCCAUCGCCUGCGUCCUUGCUCUGGGAAUGUUUGCCAUGAACUCCGGUGCAAGAGAUCCUGUCGAGCUGGACCGUGAAUCUCGAGAGAUCGAAAGAUUGAUCAAGGAGAAAGCGCAGCUCCAGGCCCAGCUGCACCCCUCGUCCCAUCCUCAGGUCCAUCACGCAGCCAGCAAGUCAGGCAAGAAGGUCGUCGCUACCGCUGCUGUAAAGGUGGAGAAGAAGCCAAGGAUUGACACCCUGAGGCGAGAGAAAGAGGCUCUUGAGAAGCAGCUCAACAUGUUCAAAGUGCAAGCGGCCAAGGCGAAGGAUCCCAUCAUCGAGGGUGUACUCGGAGAGAUGAAUGCGAAGCGAGACGGCACUGGUCUGCUCGGCAGGCUGAAAGAGAGCAAAUCCAACGUCCUCGGCAGCCUUGCUGCCACCAUGAGCCCAGCUGACCAGAACAAGAUGCUCUUGCAUGAGGCCGAGGCCAUGGGAGACGUCUCCCCGAAGGAAGCCCUUGCUCAGCGCAUCAUCUCUCUUGGUUCGCAGUACAUGCACGAGGACAUGGUCCAGCGUCCCGCACCGCUCAAGAGGCUUGUGAGGAGGAGCCACCUCAGGCCCCAGAGCGAUGGAGCAGUUGAGAUCCACAAGCAACAUAGCCGUCACAGGAUCGCUCGCCUGCAUGCUCAGCUGAACCAGAAGCCUGUGGAGGAGGGGAAGUCGCUGGACAACACGGUUGCUAGUGCCAGAUCUCGUGUACAUCUCCUUCGCAAGGAGUUGCAGGAGGCUGAACGGGUAGAGAAACUUGAAGCCCAACUCGCUGAGGCCAAGCAGAGCUUGUCCAAGACACAGAGCGUCGAGAAGAAGAUGAAUAGCCAGAAACUCGUUGCAAGAAGCACGGGUAGUCGAGCCGCUUCUAGGUUUGACGAUACCAAGGAGACGAUGAAGGAGUUCGUUGGAAAGGCAUCCUCCAAAGAAGACAAUAAUGACGAGCCCGUGGAGAGCACAGACGAGAAUCGCUUCCGUCGUCUCGCGCAUGGCGCUGGGUACGUCCAUGGAGGUAUCGUGGUUGGCACUGCCGAAAACUCCGGCCCCGACAGAUACGGGCAGUCUGGCAUCGGGCCAGCUCUGAUUAGGAACAAGCUCGGUGACAACAUCAUCGACACGGGUAUGUUUGGAGCUGCCGGAACCAGAGACGGAGAUGUGUUGGUUCCUACCAAGCUAUCUGGGGCAAGACGUCGAGACAGCUUCCAGCAAUCUCAUCCCACGCCGGAGAAAGUUGGGAGAAUCCCCAAUGACGUCAACGACGAGCUGGUUCGGGGUUCUACGCUUCACUACUUCGGAGGAAGAGGGGGACUGGGCAUCUCUGACAGCGAGGUCCCGGCCGAUAACAUCGAAGGAGGGAUGUACACAGACAGCGCAAGGACAGAGGAGUUGACGAAUCUCUCGUAAAAUACAGAUCUCUCACCAACUGUU